AUGGCACGACUCCCAACCAGCCACACGCCCCAACUCGAAGCGCCGCCAACGAAUCUCCCAUACAAGUCCCACCCAAUCUACCACCUCCGCAGACUCCUUCUGAUUGUAUCCCUACUCGGCGUCUUCCUCUGCUUCAUCUCCGGCGACCCAUACGCCUUGACCAUCUUCUUCGCAUGUGUCUUCGUCCUCGCCGUCAGCAUUUUCUUCGUACUGUGCGAUCUCACCGCCUACGCUCUCAAGAAAGCUCAGAGCCCCGACCAUGAUCCGCAAUGGCCCAAGAUCAUCUUCAUGGUCGGAGAUGUGAUCUUGGCGGUGGUGUUACAGUUUGCAUUCUGGACGGCGAUUGCUACCCUUGAGAAUCGAGGGCCUUAUUACGGGUCGACCACUUGUCCAGCGUAUGCGGCUUUGACGCCGUUGAUAUGCUCGAUCCUCCACGCAGUUUCUUUCUGGAAGGAGCUCAUGGCUCGCUGCGAGAAGAAGUGGCUCCUGCGACUGUCUCUCGAGCCUUGCCCUCGCUGUGGUUACCACGAAACUGCAGAAAACGAGACAGACCAGCAAGCUCGGCAACCUCCGCCCUCAAAUACAUUUCCCUAUGUCGGGCCCUCUGCGUCCUACCAGCCGCCGACUGUGACCACACCCACCGUUUCCGACAGUAUGAUGGAGGAAGGGCUUCUGAUCGGGCCAGAGCUGACCAAGAACUACGGCGCGGUUGAGACUACAGAGCCUACGGUUGGGGAGCCCGCCGAAGUCGUCGUGGGAAAGGGCAAGAAAAAGAGGGUCGUUGAAGGCAGCGUUCGGAAGGACGAUGCUUGA